UAGUCGGGAACGCUGUCAGUGAGCGUCCGUUACAAAGGGGUCUUACUGCGUUUCUCCUGGCUCUACUCGUCCUGCUCCCUCGUCACCGCCGUGUCUCGUCAUUGUCAUUGUUUCUCUCGUAGUCACUCGGUCGUCCCCUUCGACCAUUCGCUCAAGAAAUCUGUUCGGUGCUACUCAAGUGCAUGCUGAAUAAAGCAACUAGCACUGCAGAUCAGCUUUGCCACUUUUCAUCGAGUGAACGUAAAGAUUCGAACUCUCGAAUACUCGGACCCCUUAUUGUUACACGUUGGUGCGUAGCGUUACUUCGCAUGCGUCUUGUUUUUCAUUCGCUUCCACUCGUUCCUGGUGCAACAAUUAUUCCAAGUGAAAGAGUGAUAGGAACGCUGACAAGAAGAUGGUGAAAAUUUGCAAGGGACGUCCGAAAGCGUCGUGGGAUGAGAUGAAAGUUCGUGCUAUGUGAUAUCGUGGGCGUUCUUGUAGUCCUUCGGAGUCCUGACUAAUCUCACGGAGACAAGGAGAGGAGCCGAAGGCCGAGUGUUCUCCAGUUCCUUUAAAGUGUCGCUAUGGGGUCGCUCGAGACGUUAAAAGGUGCAUUCACGAUUACGCUUCGCGGAGGACGCCUUUCUUGAGGAUCUUCAAGCUCAGGGCAUCGGGCGACAGCUGGGCACGGGUCUAUAUCUCCUUUAGCUUCUCUACUUCCCUGAAGACUCAGCGCGAGACAGAGGCGCUGUCUGGGUAUACAUAUUUUGGGGAAACGUGUAAUCGCUAUGAUGAAGGUCAGGAAUUACCCGGGAAGGGCUGUCUUGGAAGACUCUGAGCUCCUGUUAGAUCCAGAUGCGACCAGGGGCCGCGCAAUGGAAUUACUUUAUGAGGCCAGUUGGCGCGAGUGUGGCGUUAAUUGGACGGGCCCCUCCAGGACGAAAAGGUCUUCGCGACAGGAGCAAUUGGAGUAUAAGCAACCGUAUGCGGAUGUUAUCUCGCAACUGGAAGGCGUAUUAAAUGGCGCAGGAUCAUCGAGUCCUAAAGAAGGAAGAUCCCAACGAUCAAGCAGCAACGAGACGACUGACAGCGAGGAAUCAGAGAUUGGACAAUCUGGAUUUCUUAUUCCCAGACCGAGACUCAUUGUUCCUGUUCACACUUACGCCAGGAGAAGACGCACCGGUGCUCCUCCUCUUAGAACGCGACCUCCCCGCGAAGAGGGCAAGGUGGAAGUUUCGAGAGAUGGAAAAUACCUGAGUACCCUAGCACCUGGAAAAGUACUUGGUGAAUUGGCCAUCCUCUAUAACUGCAAGAGAACAGCAACCAUAACGGCAGCGACGGAUUGCCAAUUAUGGGCAAUAGAUAGACAAUGUUUCCAAACGAUUAUGAUGAGAACUGGCCUCUCUAGACAGGCGGAAUACACCGACUUCUUAAAAAGUGUUCCUAUUUUCAAGAAUUUACCAGAGGAAACGCUUAUCAAAAUAUCUGACGUUUUGGAAGAGACAUUCUACAACAAUGGUGACUAUAUAAUUAGACAAGGCGCACGGGGCGAUACCUUCUUCAUCAUUAGUCGAGGCCAAGUACGUGUGACCAUUAAGCAGCCUGACACAACUGAAGAAAAGUACAUUAGAACAUUGAGCAAAGGCGACUUCUUUGGUGAAAAAGCGUUGCAAGGGGAUGAUCUAAGAACAGCCAAUAUUGUCGCGGAUGAUCCUGAUGGUGUAAGCUGUCUUGUAAUUGAUCGAGAAACAUUCAACCAAUUGAUUUCAUCCCUCGACGAGAUUCGAACGCGAUACAAGGAUGAACUUGUAGAGCGCAGAAGGCUCAACGAGGAAUUCAGGGAUCUUAGACUUCAGGAUCUUCGUCCUUUGGCAACUCUCGGCGUGGGUGGAUUUGGUCGAGUUGAGCUCGUUCAAAUAGCUGGUGAUAACAGCAGAUCAUUUGCACUGAAACAAAUGAAAAAGUCCCAGAUUGUGGAAACCAGACAACAACAGCACAUUAUGUCCGAGAAGAGAAUAAUGGGCGAGGCCGACUGUGACUUUGUCGUGAAACUCUUCAAGACCUUCAAGGACCGGAAAUAUUUAUAUAUGCUCAUGGAAGCGUGUCUUGGUGGAGAAUUGUGGACGGUCCUUAGGGACAAGGGUCACUUUGAUGACAGCACUACCAGAUUCUAUACGGCCUGUGUUGUGGAAGCUUUCGACUAUCUUCACUCAAGAAACAUUAUAUAUAGGGAUCUCAAACCAGAAAAUCUUUUAUUAGACAGUCAAGGAUACGUCAAACUGGUGGACUUUGGUUUUGCGAAACGACUAGAUCACGGAAGGAAAACGUGGACGUUCUGUGGAACACCGGAAUAUGUGGCACCCGAAGUGAUAUUGAACAGAGGACACGAUAUUAGUGCUGAUUACUGGUCUCUAGGUGUAUUGAUGUUUGAACUGCUUACUGGUACACCUCCGUUCACGGGAGCUGAUCCCAUGAAGACAUACAAUAUUAUUUUGAAAGGAAUUGACGCUAUCGAAUUUCCUAGAUCGAUUACGCGUAACGCAACGGCACUAAUUAAAAAACUAUGCAGGGAUAACCCUGCAGAGCGUCUAGGCUACCAAAAAGGCGGUAUUAGCGAAAUUCAAAAACACAAAUGGUUUGAUGGUUUCAAUUGGGAAGGUUUGAGGUUGCGAACAUUGGAACCUCCUAUAAAACCUCGCGUUCAAAAUGCAAUAGACACUACCAACUUUGACGAGUAUCCACCAGAUUCUGACCCACCGCCUCCAGACGACAUUUCUGGCUGGGAUAAUGAUUUUUAAAUACUUCAGAGGAGUAAACGGGCCCCUCUGCUCUUCACAUCCUGUAUCAUCAUGAGCACCAACCACGUGGCGGCAGAGUUCUAUUUUUUUUAUAAUUAUUCUUAAUCGUUGACUACUCGGCCACACGAGCGCACGAUUUGGAAACCGAAAGAAUUUUCUUUGACUGAGCCUGCUAUCAAAAGUUUCCAAGGGUUACAGUUACUGGACCCUUGAUUCGCGACACUCUUGCGACUUACGGGAUCUCAGCUUGAUGUGAGAGAUUCGUCACGGUUACCAAUCAGUUUUCGGGUCGAAUCAUGAAAUUAUCUCGAUUGUCUCGAGGAUAGUUCUAAAUAUGUCACAUGGACUCAGAUUUGUGUCUUGUUAGAACGUUACCUUUUCAUGAUAACGAUCGAAGGACGCAUGCAAUAUAAUAAUUACCAAUAUGUGAUUGGAACAAAUUAAUUUUGCAUGUGAAUAUCACUUGCUUCUGCAACAGUCAUUUUAAGGUUAUAUAAAUACAUACAUUUCAAGUUCAAGUCGUAGACUUAUGAAAAUAUUUACAACGGAUCGCCAGAAAUUUGUUCCUUAAGAAAAAUUGCAAGUGGAAUGUGAGCGUGGAAAAUAAUAAUGAAGAGGGCUGCAUGAGAUGCUGAUCUUUUUCUAUUUUUUUUUUCAUUUUGUGCGCUUUAGAUGCCAAAACAAAAUUCAUUAUUUGAACCAUUAUAUCAAAAUACGAUGUUGAAUCUACUGUGUAACAAGUGUCUUUUAUAAGAUAGAAAAACAUCAGCGUACAAUAUGUCCUCACAAUUUCACGGUGUGCUCUGUUAUUAAAAGUUUUUUUGGCCGCGAGAGGGGGGGGGGAUUUCAUUACUUAUAUGUUUGCACUGAAAGGACAACUCUAUCCACCCAGACUACUCAUUUAUUUACAUUGCAUAAGAUGUUUUGGACGAUGAUAAAUGAGAACCAUUCUUGAGAUAGAUUUUAAACAUGUCUAAUAAAAGAUACAUUUAAAAUAGAAUGGAUAAGGUCUAAGAGAAAGUAAAAUUCUUAAAACAUAUUUCUGAUACGGUUAUAAAUAUAAUUCAAAACAAAGUUUUGAAUUAUCUUCGUCUGUAAAUGCCCAUACAGUUUUCACGUUUAUAUUGUCGAUUAUGCACACUUUUGUGUUGUUAUACAUCUAUAACGAUCCAUUUGGAAGUCCGUUAUAUAUGUAUAACUUGUUGUGUCAGUAAUCACAGUUUUUAAUUUAUCUGUUAACUUACUGUUGCUUUUAAUUCUAUGUAUCAAAGUUCCACUGUUGUAAUUUGCAUCGUUCGACUAUUAGCAAGGUUAGAUAUAAUUUGGAUGUAAUCUGUAUGUAGAAAACCUGUUAUCUUUAACUAUCACAAAACUCUUACAAAUUUCAUGUAAAAAAAAGUAUUUAUAUACAUAAUAGUUGCCGAAUUUGAAGUAUUUUACAAAUUGGCCGUCAUGAAAUGACAAAGAUUUGAUAAUCACGGCAACUUUUAAAAAAGUUAAGAAAUCGAGUUGAACAACUGUCUUUGUAAACAUGAUACGUAAUGACGCGAUUGUGAGCUACAAGUCAGUGCGUCAAGUGCCAUUAUAAUUUGUAAUUACCAAUGAUAGAAGACGUGCGUUUGAAGGGAAAGAAACUUAGAGAAAGCCAGCUCAGAUAACAUGUAAAACUUCUUGCCAUUCGCUCCUCGAGGUAUCGUUAUGAGAAAAAAAUCUCACAGGCAAAUAAUGUUUAUAAAAAUCAUGUCCAAUCAGAUCGUCUAAAUGAAUUGUUGUUUGAUUCGUUUUAUAGUUUAUUAUAAUAAUUUUAUUUUCAUGCAAUUAUACAAAAAAUUCAACCAUGUAAAUAAAUAUUAUAAAUAUAACACAGUUAUGAAUUAUAUUGUGUAUCUAUAUUAAAUAAAGUUUUAAUAGUAGAUUGUAUAGUGUUACGUAAAUCCUUCCGUAUUGUAUAGCGGUUAUUCUACAAUUAUUUGACAUCACUAGUUAGCAAAUGCAAAAUAAUGUACAAUUAUCACGUGCAUUUAUUUAUCCCUUUCAUGAUUGGGAUUUGUUAUCUUAGUAAUAAAUAUUGAGUCAUCUUUUUCAGACUGUAUAUUUAAAGUCGUAAAGUUUAAGAUAUUCAAGAUUUAUAAUAAAAUUAAUUGCAAUAAAAGUACGAUAUAUUAGAAGUGUCCGUUCGUAUAUUUUGCAUCCUGAUUUAAUUCUCUAAGUUACUCAUAAAAAGGUAUGCUCAUUAUGGAUAUUUAAAUUGCAUAUUUAAAUCAACAAAUUUUAACCUUUACUUCGUACUGCCGAUCUGAAAAAUCGCUAUUGUAACGUAUUUGAUACUUUAUAAAGCCAUAGUUAAGACAAACAAAAGUGUUCAUGAAUUCUGUCAAAUAAACAAAUUGCACCAAGUUACAACGGUAGAAUGAACUUUUCUUUUAUGCCAAAUAAUUGUGUAAUUAUAUAAUGAAUACAUACUUUGCGAUUACACAAUUGCAAUAAGAGUGGAGUUCGAAUAGCAGUCUGAGAGACCGGUAGUAGGCUCAAUGUGAUUUUUGUGGACGGUAAGGAGUAAAGGUUAAUUAAAAUUUUCCAUUUUUAGAAAUAAAUAAUAAAGCAAUAACUAUAGACGUAUUUAAGAAGCUGUUUUUAUAAAAUUUUGUAUGAAUAAAAAAUGUAUUUAUUAAAUCGUUAA